AGAACUCUUCGAAUACCCUCUCGUUCGAAAGAGCAAUCUCUUGUGCAUUGCCGGCAGGCGUCCAUUCGUUGAAAGCAUCAUACUCACCUAGUCGUUCUUUUUUGGAGAGAGUCGGGAUAUUUUUUGUCGCUCAUAUAGAUAAUCUUCGCCUUAGACGGGAAACGGAUCACAUCAUCAAUCAUGAGGGUUUGGGAUUCCUUCUUGUCACUGACGCUUUUGGGCGCCGGUGCCUCCGUUGUCGGUGCCAUGCCAACAGCAGAAAAUAUGGCGAAACUGAUGUCAGGUUCCAGCAGUGGACUUGCAGCUGCCAAACGUUGCCCCUAUGCGGAUAUCCAGGCCCAGGUGAAGGAGAAGUUGGAUAAACGUUUCUUGAUUAAUUCUCUCAGAGAACCUGUCGAUUUGACUGGCGAACACGCAUUCCAGCCGCCCAACUUUGAGGCUGGCGACCAGCGUGGACCAUGCCCUGGUCUCAAUGCUCUCGCGAACCAUGGCUAUAUCCCACGCAAUGGAGUCGUUUCGUUUGUUGAUGUCGUUCCCGCGAUCAACAAGGUAUACGGAAUGGGGAUAGAUCUCGCCUCUGUCCUCGGAAUCAUGGGUACUGUGUGGACGGGCGAUGUCGUGUCACUCAACCCGAGUUUCUCUAUUGGAGGAAUAACUCCCCUCGUUAACAACCUGCUUGAUAACCUGGGUGGUGUGCUUGGCGAGCCCCGCGGCUUGAACGGCUCUCAUAACUUCAUCGAAGCGGACUCUUCCAAUACUCGGGACGAUACCUACGUGACCGGCAACAACUACAGACUUAACAUGGAUAAAUUCAUGGAGUGGUACGAGAUGUCGGAGGACGGCACGUUCAGCACGGAUUUGAUGGCCAAGCGAGCAAAAAUCCGCUUUGACGAAUCUAUCAAGACGAACCCCAACUUCUACUAUGGUCCUGUCACUGGAACCAUCGCUCGAAAUGCAGGAUACAUUUUCCCUCUCCGUCUUUUUGCAAACCACUCGGAGGAGAACCCUACAGGCGUUCUGACCAAGGAGAUCGUCCGCGACUUCUUCGCUAUCUACGGCGAGGAGGGUAACUUCACGUACAAGGAGGGCUGGGAGAGAAUCCCCGAAAACUGGUACAAGACCCCGCUGGACUACGGUCUGGUGCAGCUGAAUGUCGAUCUUUUGGAUUUCCUCGUCCAGUACCCGGAACUCGCCAGCAUUGGAGGCAACACCGGUACGGUUAACAGCUUCACCGGCGUCAACCUAGGAGACAUCACUGGCGGUGUCCUCAACGCGACAACUCUGCUCCAGGGCAACAAUCUGCUCUGCCUGGUCAUGGAGGUCCUCAAGUUCGCUAGCCCCAACUCUCUAUCCACGCUCUAUAGGACUCUCGCAGGUCCACUGAAGGCUCUCGAGAAUGUUAUCAUGACCCCUCUGUUGAACCUGAACUGCCCGGCUUUCAAGGAUCUCACCAUGGACGGUCAGGAACUCGUCCCGGCUCUCAUUGGCAAGUUCCCUGGAGCCAAGAUGGCCAACGCUGCCUUCUAAUUCCCCUAAGAGUCGAAUGUCAAGGAAACAGUCAGACAGGAGUCUAUCUAAUCCAACUUCCUGAUAUUGUACAUAUUACUAUUUUUAGUGCAUCUUGUAUUUUUCUUCCGAUGGAUGGAUCAAAUUCCGCCCUCGUCGAUAGUUAUCACUUACCUAAGCUAUCCAACAGGUAGCAAUCGG